AUGAUGGUGAAAAUCCGCCCGAAGCAGGAGGACCUAUGUUCCGGGGAUCCUUCGCGACGUUGUGAUAUGCCGAAUACUUUGCCGGGUGGACUUCACCCGAGUAAUCGGAACACGAUAGACUGGAAUUCGAAAGGCGUGAUUGCUUAUGGUUCCCACAAUUUGUUGUUUAUUGUGGAUGCAUUCACUUGUAAACGUGUGCAAACGAUAGAUUUACACAGUACUGCAAUCGACCAUGUCUACUGGUCGCCACCGUUUUCGAUCAUUGAACAAACACGUUCAGAGGAUCAUCGGAUUGCGUCGUCGGAUAUUAGUGGGCAGAUCAUAAUUUCCGAGCCGAUUUCUGCCACUAAACGAUGUCAAUUCUCUCAUGCAGCUUCUAACGUGCUCAAUAUGAAAUGGCUUCCGUGGAAGGACAUGAGUCGUGAUUUUCUGUUGUCACUACAUUCUGGGGAUUGCCUUAUUCUGUGGAAUACGGAAAAUGGAGAGAAGAUUUGGUCAAUGACUUUUACCACACCGCUAUUCGAUUUGGCGAUUAAUCCCUUCAAUGCUUCUCAUGCUUCUUUUUCUUCGUUAGGAAGCACAAUCGUGCUUUGCAAUGAUAUUAGUAUAAAUAAUGCGCCGUCAAAUUCCUGUCGAACUUUCGCAAUAUGCGAGGAUCAAGUCAAGUCUGCCAGCAACAUUCAAACUAUUACAUAUCAUAAUGCCUAUCGGAAUAUUCUCUUUGUUGUUAACCAAACGCAGGCACACUGUUUUCACACUGAACUCUCUGCUGUGCUUUUUUCAACAACCCUGGAACCAAAUCUGAUUUCAUGGCUUUGCUGCUCAUCUCGAGACGCGGUGUAUUCGGUUCAAGCUAGUGGUGCUGUUUCGUUGAGAAUUGGGACUUUUUCAGCUAAUGAUGAACGGGCUGAUGCCCAACUAGGCUUCGAAAAGGUAGCAGUCGGUGAUAUCCAGCGUCAUGGAACGCAACAGAGAGCAGUUGGAGCAGCACUCUGUCCAAUUACGCAGAGCUCCAUUGCUGUCCUGUUCAGCAGCGGAAGAGUGGUUUGGUGGCAGUUGACCUCUGAGAAGUUUGCUGUUCUUGAUUAUCGACAGUCUUUCAUCGAAGACUACCUAGCAUUCGAAAGUGACCUGAAUACAACGUCAAUAGGAGAGCUCAGCAUUCAGCAAACUGGCUUCCUUGAUGCACUUUCAUCUGGAGUGUCAUGCUUGCGUAUGCGACCGAUAGACGACCUUGGAAAAGAAACGGAUGACUCAUUAGAUCUCUCUUCCUUCGGAUCAGCGCAUCUUGUAGCAGUAGGUUCGCAUUCCGGAAUUCUUCAUCUCGUCGAUGUUUUCACGUGUGAAAUUGUUCGAGAAUUCGCUGUUCAAUCGUCACCUAUUAAAUGCUUAGAAUGGGGAGGAACAUAUACAGUUCUAACUGCUGGUUACAAUCACUCCCUUAGUACAGCUCAAGUGGUGAGAAACGACAUUUUUGCUACAGACAUCAGGACAGGACUAAAACGACGUAUCAGACCGGAAUCCGAUGAAUCUCCCAUCACACUUCUGCGAGUGUCUUUUUAUCAGUGUUACUUGGCACUCGCUUUUCAACGUGAGCCACUGGAGAUCUGGGAUUUGAAAGGUUUACGCCUCUUACGGAGAAUGAGCAAGACCUGUCCUCUCAUAGUUGACAUGGCCUGGUCGUGCAAACAUCAUGGGAUAAAAACAACUGAGGAUGGAGGACUGAGUAUCUACCGGGAGAACUUGGUUGUUCUUGAUUCAGAUAAUCGUCUCUAUCACGUUGUGGUGAAAGGUCUUCAUGUAAAAGACGGGAAAGAAGUCAAUACACAGUGGAAAAGUGGCGGCUGGGCGAUAAGAAAUAUGGCAUGGAAGGAUGACAUGUUAGCAAUGGGAGACGCAGAAGGACGCAUUGUGAUCUGGGAUCUUGGACGCCGCCAAUCGCGACAUAUACGAGCAUCAAGAUUUCCUGUGGUACGGAUGACGUUUUCCCGACUAGCUGGUGAUCACACCCUUGCUGUCUUACACCCUAGAGAGUUGUCCCUAUGGGAUACAGAAGCACUAACUCGUCAACACCAAAUAAUCCUCGAUGCCUCUCGAUCGGCGCUAGAUAUGGACUUGUGUGGCGUUUCUCCGAUACUUCUGACGAAUGACAAUGUUUUGCGAUAUGCUCCAGCUGCUGCUAAGAAUUCACCGAUGUUGGAAAAAGAUAUCCCAGUGUUGCUGAAUCCCAAAAAGGUUGCACAAUUAAAAGUCGAUUUUAAAUCAUCCUCCAGCGAGAACCCUGCACUCUGGAAAAUCUCUCAACGCAAGGUCUCGUCCACGAACUCAGCGGGGGAUGCACACGACCUAACAGGCCUCAAAAACCACCUCAUUCUAAGCAGAUUCCUCGGGGAGAUGUCAGUUUGUCACCUGUUGUCCAUUGCUUGCUCAGUACUCUCCGAUGAAGAACAAAUACAACUCUCACCUGAUUUACAAAUGUUCUGGCCAAGUCCGACGUUCAGGGAAAGAGAAUUACGAGUGACUUGUGCAGCUUGUAGCGCUGGGAACAUUGAGGAGAGCCGGCUGGUUGAGAGAGCGGUAGUGGCCGGUGGAAAAGCCAAGGAUCGAGCUGUAGAUCGCCUCAUUGGUUCAAGUGAUUUACGUCACGCCAGCAUGAAAGCUGCACUUCUAGUGUCGAGCCAAGAGAACGAACAAGCUCGUUCGCUCAUUAAAUUAAUUGCAACGAAUCUCAUUGCCUCGGACAUGAUAGAAGAUGGAGUAGAGCUGCUCUUCUUAGUUAAAGCCGGCGGUGAUGCGUGCAAAUACCUUCAAUCUCAACGUCAGUGGAACAAAAGUAUUGUAUACGCUAAGAUGGGUUUGGAAGACUCAGAAGAUGUGCUCAGUAAAUGGAUAGCUCAUUUAUCGUUUGAUCAAAAGACCCUAUAUAUGUACGCUCAAGCAACUCAGCAUGAAUGGCCACACAUUGUGGAAUUGUUGUCAAGCUGUGGUCAGGCAGAACUGGCACGAGUGAUUCUCAGGGCCUCAACCUCGUCACCUACUUCGAGUUCCCGAGGAGCGAAUUCGCCCGCCUGCUCUGAUCACGCCUCCCGAGUUGCCAACGAGUGA